AUGCCUAAUGCUAUGGUAGAAUAUCCUUCCAUCAAACAAAUCUCUUCGGCUAAAUGGCAUACAAUUGCCAUUGAAGUUCCUCAAGGACUGGUGUUUCUAGAUAUGUUAAAGAAGCAAGAUAUUUGCAGAGACAUCAACCCCUCCAAUAUACAGCUUGAUGGGGAUGUUAUGCAGACAAGUUUGCUACCUCAUACUCCCAGCAACUCCAGACCCGAGAAUGCCAUGGAUGCCGGUGGCUUCACAGAUUUGGAAACCUCUCUUGUCUUACCCGUUUGCGUGAAGAAAGAUUCGGAAACUAACAAGAGUCCACAGAGGAAGAGACCUUUGAGAGCUAAAGAUUUAUUUAAGAAAGCAUUUUCUUGGUGGCACCAGAACACUUGCCACAUGAAAAAUAAAAAAGAGUCCAAAACCAAUGUUUACCAUCAGUUAUUGCUCAUCUCCUCAUUGCUGGCAUCUAUAACGCUCCACACAGCCUUAAAGAUCCAAGGAUACAGAGUGGAAGAAAGCUAUGAAUACAAUUCUAGCAUAAAUGAUGCUGUCUGCCAGACUGAAAAUCAAUAUUAUUUCUAUUCAAACUGGUUGAUCAUUAUGUUUAAUUCCAUCGCCUUUUUCUUAUCGGUAGCAUUGCUGAUGAGACUCUUCAAUGAGCUUCCACUCAGGCCAUUGUUACAAGUUUCAGUAUUUUCAAUGGUUGGAACUUACCUGUGCACAAUAUUGGACCCUUUCAAGCCUCGCUCGUGCUCAUCCUAG